AAAAUAAAACCAUAAUCAGCACAUUUCCCUUCUUGAGCAAAACUGGAGUUGGUAAAAUUUCAUUGAUAACAGGUAACUGGUGAGUGUUGCAGGCCCAGACCAAAACCAUGGCUUUCCUCCAUUCCAUGCUGCUGCCACUGGGGCUGUUUCUGUACCUUGGACUGCAAUUUUCUUCUGCCAGCCCUGCAAAUUACAGUGACAACUGCACGGUCUUUGAUAAGGUCUUCACUACCACCAGCCCAGGCAUCACGGCCAAUUCGGUUAUUUAUGAAAGCAGCACUGCCUACACAGUGUGGGUUCCUGUGGAUGACAGCAUCAGCUCCGUGGUCCUGCGAGCAGUGGACAACAACAACAACUCCGUGGGCUUCUGGCAGGACGCAGACGAGCAAUGCUAUAGCAGCUCCCUGUAUCACGUGACACGCGCAAUCAACAUGCUCUUCAAGGCAGACUGGAUGUCUCCUGAUUCUGGGAACAUAACGGAAGUCGAGUUACAAGCCUUUGCUGUCACUCCCCACAAGACGGCUACAUUUUCUUCUCUGAAAAUGAAAAAAAGAGUGACAACCACAAGAUUGGCCUCUGAGUUUCCCACAACCUCGACAUCCAAGAUUCCCACAACCUCAGCCUCCAAGAUUCCCAUGACAUUUACCUCCAAGAUUCCCACGACCUUGUCCUCCAAGAUUCCCAUGACCUUGACCUCCAAGAUUCCCACAACCUUGACAACCAGAAGCUCAGCCAACACAGCCUUUGGCAGCUCCACCACAGACGCCAUUCACAUCCUGCUCGCUUUUCUCACCAGCAAACUCCUCUUCUAA